AUGAAACACAACUGCAAGAUUAACGCAAGAUUUGAUGAUUUGUUUUUCAGUUUGAUUGAUGGACUUGGAAAGGCGGGAAGGGUGGAUGAAGCUGAGAAGGUGUUUGAUGAAAUGGCUGAGAAGGGGUGUCUGCCGGAUUCAUAUUGCUACAAUGCGCUCAUCGAUGGACUUUGGAUGCUGCAGAAUCCUGAGUACCGUCAACGACUUGAAGAAAUGCUAAACAACAUGGGUGGAGGCACUGAAUGGGACAGUCGAAUGAUGGACACCUUAAAGAAUUUCGACCUUAAUAGUCCUGCUGUUAAACAACAAUUUGAUCAAAUUGGGCAGAAACUAGGGGAAGGUGUGAAAGGGGUGUAUAUCUCGAUAGACAUGGAUUGUCUUGAUCCUGCAUUUGCUCCGGGAGUGUCUCAUAUUGAACCGGGAGGUCUUUCUUUCCGCGAUGUUCUUAACAUCCUACACAAUCUUCAAGGUGAUGUUGUUGCUGGAGACGUCGUUGAACUCAACCCACAACGCGAUACUGUUGAUGGAAUGACUGCUAUGGUAGCUGCUAAGUUGGUCAGAGAAAUGGCUGCAAAGAUUGCAAAAUGA